AUGAGGGAGGACAUCAAGACCUUCAACCUCUCAGGAAUGGGCUGCAGUGCAAGCCUCAUUGCCAUUGAUGUUGUGCGAAACCUAUUCAUGUCGUACAAGAACGUGAACGCCAUUGUUGUAAGCACAGAAUCCAUAUCUCCUCAUUGGUACUGCGGCAAAGAAAAAUCCAUGAUGCUCACAAACUGUCUGUUUCGCUCGGGAGGGUGUUCGAUGCUGUUCACAAACAACAGAGACCUAAAGCACCAAGCCAAGUUGAAACUAAAUCAUUUGGUGAGAAUGCAUACUGGCUCAAGUGAUGAAGCAUAUAACUGUUGUAUGCAGGUGGAAGAUGAAAGUGGAUAUAAAGGUUUUCGCCUUACCAAAUACCUUGUAAAAGCAGCAAGUCAGGGAUUUACAAUGAACCUCCAAGUUCUAUUACCAAAAGUGCUUCCACUGAGAGAAAUACUUAGGUACCUGGUGGUAUCUAAGCUUAAAAGUGCCAAAAGCCAAAAGCUAAAAGCAGAUGAGGGAGUUGGGUUGAAUCUUAAGACCGGGAUUGAGCAUUUUUGCAUUCACCCUGGUGGAAGAGCAAUCAUAGAUGGGAUUGGUAAGAGCUUGGGGCUAAGUUAUUAUGAUGUUGAGCCAUCUAGAAUGGCACUUCACAGGUUUGGGAACACAUCAGCUGCUGGGUUUUGGUAUGCUUUGGGAUACAUGGAGGCCAAGAAGAGGCUCAAGAAGGGCAACAGAAUUCUGAUGAGUGGAUUUGGAGCAGGUUUUAAGUGCAACAAUGUUGUGUGGGAAGUGCUCAAGGACUUGGAUGAUGCAAAUGUUUGGAAAGACUACAUAGACAGCUACCCUCCUAAUACCCUAGUCAAUCCAUUCAUGGAGAAGUACAGUUGGUUCGAUGAUGAAACUCUAAAAUUUGUUAGGUUUGAUUUUUCUCAAGCUCCUUAA